AUGAGCUCUGACGUUAUAAAACGGGCGAACCCUGCUGACGACUAUGAGCUUCUGCAGCGGGUUGGCUCAGGCACCUACGGAGAAGUCUACAAGGCUCGCCACAUAAGGAGCGGAGAAUUGUCAGCCGUAAAAGUAGUCAAAUUGGAAGCGGGUGACAAUUUCGCCAUUAUACAACAGGAAAUUCUUAUGAUUCGCGAAUGCUCUCAUCCCAACAUUAUUGCCUAUCAUGGCAGUUACCUGCGACGAGACCGGUUGUGGAUAGUGAUGGAAUAUUGUGGAGGAGGUUCACUACAGGAUAUUUAUCACAUGACGGGGCCAUUGUCAGAACUUCAAAUAGCUUUCGUUUGUCGCGAAACGCUUAAAGGGCUGGACUAUCUUCACAAAAUGGGAAAGGUGCAUCGCGAUAUAAAAGGUGCCAACAUCCUCCUCACUCAUGGCGGAGACGUCAAAUUAGCUGAUUUCGGCGUGGCCGCCCAGAUAACUGCCACAUUAGGAAAACGUAAAUCAUUCAUAGGAACACCUUAUUGGAUGGCACCUGAGGUCGCCUGCGUAGAGCGUCGUGGUGGGUAUGGCUUCCAGUGCGAUGUUUGGGCUGUAGGGAUUACAGCCAUUGAACUGGCAGAAUGUCAGCCACCUUUAUUUGAGCUCCAUCCUAUGCAGGUACUAUACCUUAUGACGAAAAACAGUUUCAAACCACCGCACCUCAAAGAGAAACACCGCUGGUCACCGCUCUUCCACGAUUUCGUUCGCCAGUGCCUCACCAAAAAUCCCAAGAAGCGACCAGCUCCCGAUAAACUUCUUUCAUCUCAUCAUUUCGUAUUGGGUUCUUUGAGUUCAAGAAUGACGAGAGAUCUGCUGGAUAAGGUAAAUAAUGGGUCUUCUGCUCGUAUAAUAGGUAGAGAGACUCGGGAUGAAGAGGAGAAAGACAGCGGUGAAGAGGAUGAGGAAGAUCUACACCUACAAAAUGUCGCCCCAAUGCGGAUCGGUCUUCCUGAUCGUUUUGACGGUCUUCGGCUAGCUGGGGUUGGACGCGUUCGAGACCUCACACCUUCAACGCCUUCUUCCUGCUCAUCAGGGUCCUCCCGCAGCGGAUUCCAUUCAGAUCGUACUCUUCCAGCAAGAGACAUGCCUCCAUUGCCGGAUGUGGUCUCAGGAGACGCACUGCUGCAUGACGGAAAUGGGGUCAUAGAGGAUGACUGUGGGACUCUACUAGCACCAGGAGCGGCUUCGAGAACAUUGCGAACAGUUCAAAGUCCGGCCCAUCGAUCUUCAUCUUUAGAGCACAACAGUGCUGUGCGUAUGCGAGCGGUCGCAAAUGAUGAAGCUGAGCGGCCGAAAACAUACUUUGGAAUGCCGAUAACCCCUAAAGUAGUUAUGGGUGCAUGCUUCACAAAGAUGGUUCAUGAGUGUAAUCUUCGUAUUAACUGCGCUGGUUCAUGGGUGCAUCCAGGAACUGGUGCUCAGUUUUUGCUCCUCGGUUGUGAGGAGGGCAUUUAUACUGUUGAUACCAACAAACUGCACGAUGGAGAAUUGAACAAGGUCCAUCAUAGACGGUGUUCUUGGCUGUACGUCUACCGAGAUGUACUCAUGGCCAUGCAAGGUAGAACAUCAUAUUUGUACAGGCAUGAUUUGGUUGCACUUUCUCAAAAGAAUCUCACUUUGCGUAUAAGUAAACCAAUAAACAAAGUACCCGAGAAAUACAUUCCAAAAAAACUUGCGAUAACCGUUCGACUACCAGAAACCAAAGGGGCCCUCCAGUGUACAACGUCACGUGGCACUGGUCCUCAGGCUGGGGCCAUUUUUCUUUGCUGUUGCAUUCCAUCUUCUGUUUUGCUGUUUCAAUGGUAUGAACCACUGAACAAAUUUCUUUUGGUUAGGUCGGCUGAUCUCGAUGCCACUUUAAGGUUUCCUCUCAGUCCAUUUAGGUUGGUCAACGCCCGCACUGAUUUCCCACAACUGUGCGUUGGAGUACAAUCCACGGAAAGCAAUGACAAAUACGAAUUUAGUUGGGUCAAAUUCGAAGAUAGAAAGGUUCUGGAUACUCCAGACACUUUAAACAUUUCACUGUUCGACAACGCUAAGCUUGAUGUAGCCGGAAUGUCUCAAAUUGGCAAAGAUUCUCUGUUGUUUGCAUAUCGAAAUAAGGUUGUGAUCACCGACUUGGAAGGACGAGAGAAGACAAAAUUAGCUGUAUUUACAUUUAAUUUCCACAUAGAAUACAUCCAUACAAUGUCCGAUUCCAUACUAGCAUUCCAUUCUCAUGGUGUACAAGGAAGAUGUCUGUCCAAUAAUACAGUAACACAAGAUAUUUCGGACAUGUCAAAAAUUUAUCGUGUGAUAGGUGAUGACAGGGUGAUUGCAUUGAAAUCGCAUCCGCUUUGCAGCUGCGAGAAGCACGAUAUAUGCUUACUGACCGGCCAUGAGGCCACGCCCCUGGAGUAA